AGAUAUCGCCAGUCAUGCUCAAAUUCAACUAGAAGCAGCUAGAGAAGGUUUCACAUUCUCAAGUCAAACCCUAACAUGAUCAUGAGGGCUUUUGUUGUACUCCUGUCUGUGCUAGUUGUACAUGCACAAGCUAUAGACGUAGCGAAACUACGGCUUUUCGCAGCCAAGAACAACUUGUCUUGCAUUUACGUGUUUGGCGACUCAAGCGUUGAUCCUGGCAAUAACAAUAACCUAAUAACCGACCAAAAGGUUAACUUCUUGCCCUAUGGGAAAGACUUCUAUGAUGGUCGUCCCACUGGUCGGUUUAGCAAUGGAAGACUUGCCACUGAUCUCAUCGCGGAUGCAUUGGGUCACACGAAAUACAUACCGGCGUAUCUUGACCCAAAUUUGACAAAUGCACAACUUGUUAAUGGAAUUAGCUUUGCAUCCGGGGGUUCUGGUUUCGAUGAUCUUACAGCACAACUCUCGAAUGUGAUAUCACUAUCAAAGCAACUGGAGUAUUUUCGGGAAUACAAGGCAAGGCUAGGAAGGCAUGUGGGAAAGAAACGAGCUCAAGAAAUCGUCACGAAUGCUGUGUUUUUAUUGAGCAUGGGUACUAAUGAUUUCUUACAAAAUUAUUAUGUAGAGCCUACCCGUUCUAAACAAUUUACUAUCGAAAAGUAUCAAGAUUUUUUGAUUUCUGCCAUGUCCAAAUACAUCAAGGCGAUGCAUGCCGAAGGUGCAAGGAGAUUGACAGUGGUGGGCAUGGAGCCAUUCGGGUGCGUUCCACUCAUUAGAGCGCUUAAAGGCACAGUCGGGUGCGCUGAAGACUACAACAAGAUUGCUAUUUCCUUUAACUCAAAGAUCAAAUCCCUCAUGGCUACUCUUGAACCAUCCUUGGGGAUUACAAAUUUCUACACAGAUAUCUACGGCCUCAUAUUGGACACGAUUCAUAACCCAAAAAAAUAUGGAUUUGUGGAGGCAUCAAAGGGCUGCUGUGGAUCGGGGUUAGAGUUCAUGGAAAGCUGUAAAGGGUUGCCCACUUGUGCAGAUAGAAGCAAAUAUGUUUAUUGGGAUGCUGUGCACUUUACUGAGGAGAUGUACAAAAUUAUUUCUGAUGAAGCUCUUAAAACUCUUAUGAAGACUUUGGCCUAACUUUGCAACACUUCCCUUUAAUCUAUAUGUCUUUAAUCUGUUUAUGCACGGUAUUUGUAUUUUUAUACUUUGUAUUUCUUAGGUCGGGGUCUUAACGGGUGCACCCUAUCUAUCUCUUGAGAUAAAGGAAAUGUAUGCUCUCAUAUUACCCUCUCUAGACCCUACCAAUAUUUAAUAUGAGUGAGAUCUUACUAGUUAUGUUUAUUGAUAACGGUUGAGGAGCA